GAGGCUUUACUCCACUGUGUGAGGAGGAGGAGGCGGCAGUGAGGUGAUGCUGGAUGCUGAGACAGACGGAGCUGCUGCCGUUUCACUUUCUGUCAUUCUGAAGCAGCUCAGAUCCUGACGGGACAAAAAGAACAACAUCACAUCUGCUGGAGAUCCUCAGGAUUAGGUGGACGAUGAACAUGUCUGGCGGUCCCCCAGGGGAGGAGCUCACGGAUGAGGAGAAAGAGAUCAUCAACAGUGUACUGGCUCGUGCAGCCAUGAUGGAGAACAUGGAGCAAGAGAGGAUUGGGCGUCUUUCCAGUCGCCUGGAUAAUAUCAAGAAGACAGCGUGUGGUGACGGACAGUCGCAGUGUUUGUUGUGUGGGGCGUCUUUUGGACCACAGGGGGUCACAGCUGUUCUCUGUGUGCAGUGCAAAAAACACAUGUGCAGCAAAUGUGGGAUAUGGAGCAACAGCAGAACAUGUCCUAUGUGGCUGUGCAGAAUCUGCAACGAAGACCAAGAGGUACAAAAGCGUUCAGGAGCUUGGUUCUUCAAGGGGAGAGACCAGCAGAGUCUGCCUCCUCCCCUCCCUCUGUCCAGACCUCGACAGUCCAGCACAGAGAGCAGUCCUGGUCCAGCAGGCCAAGAUGGCUCACAGGAACCUACAACAUAUCGUCAGCGAUAUGAGCUCAGUGCAGAGCCACAGCAGCAGCAGUCCUGUGGGUCAGAACAAUGGGAGCAGACAGCAAGAACAACAGCUGACAGCUAUAAUGAGGGUCAGUCCUGUCCAGCAGCUGUAAUGAAGACUGAGAGACAUGUGUUAGCUUCCAAACCACCUCGGGCAAACACACAGCAGGCCGCCCCCACCUCAGAAAACAGACACCCAGAGCUGGAAGAGACAGUGUCUCCUCCAGCUGUGGAGGCAAAAAGACAGCCUGUUGUCUCCAGCUCCUUUUCAUCACAUAUUCCCGCAACCAGAAUAAUGCCACCUGUUAAUCCACCAGUCAACGCCCCUGCACCCCCACACCCCCCACCUGAUCGAACAGAGGAUGAGGACAACGACUACGACUCAGAUGAUGCCACCACUUUAGGAUGUCUGGAGUUCAGUCUCCUUUACGAACAGGAGAACCAUGCUCUACACUGUUGUCUCAUUAAAGCUAAGGGUUUAAAGCCAAUGGACUCAAACGGACUUGCUGACCCGUAUGUGAAGCUGCACCUCUUACCUGGAGCCAGCAAGUCUAACAAGCUUCGCACCAAGACACUUAAAAACACCCUGAAUCCUGUGUGGAAUGAGACACUAGUCUACCACGGUAUCACUGAUGAGGAAAUGUCACGGAAAACUCUCCGGCUUUCAGUGAGCGACGAGGACAAGUUUGGACACAAUGAAUUCAUAGGAGAGACACGAGUUGCCCUGAAGAAACUGAAGUUCAACCAGAAGAAGAACUUCAGUGUUUGUUUAGAGCGAGUGGUCCAGGUGAAGAAGGCAGUAGGAGGAUCAGUCCGUGGCAUGGCUCUCUAUGAGGAUGACCUGAAUGAAGGUGAUGAUUCAGAGGAGAGAGGUCGUAUCCUGGUAUCGCUGACGUACAACAGUCAGCAAGGUCGGCUGAUCGUGGGCGUGGUCCGCUGUGCUCACCUGGCUGCCAUGGACUCCAACGGAUACUCGGACCCAUUCGUCAAAAUAUGUCUAAAGCCAGAUAUGGGGAAGAAAGCUAAAAACAAGACGCAGAUAAAAAAGAAAACUCUCAAUCCAGAGUUUAACGAGGAGUUCGGUUAUGAAAUAAAGCAUGGUGAGUUAGCCAAGAAAACCCUUGACAUCUCAGUCUGGGACUACGACAUGGGAAAAUCCAACGAUUUCAUUGGAGGAUGUCAGUUAGGCAUCCAGGCUAAAGGAGAGUGUUUGAAGCACUGGUACGAAUGCCUCAAGAACAAAGACAAGAAGAUUGAGCGCUGGCAUGUUCUGGUAAAUGACAACACGGUUCAGUUUGAGGAUUAAAAUGUCUUCCCCUUGUCUGUAUAUUUUCUUUCUCUGUCGUUCUCCCUGUAGAAUAUUGUCUUCCAGCGAGCACGGGAAGACGGAUAUUAUCCUCUUGCUUUUAUGUAUGUUUGUCCCAAAGUGCAAUGUGCAAGCGACAACAGUUUUCAGGUGACCAACAUGGAUGUUUGUAAUAAGUGACCACUAAACACCAGGAAGCUGUCAUUUUCACAGUUAUCAUAUCAUAAACUGCAUCACAUAAAAAAAUAAACCUUACCUGAAAUGCGGUAAUGUUUGAAUAGAGUUAUUAUCACACUUUAUGGAGCAGAUAAAACCCUUGUAAUUGUGAUUAUCAUUAAGACACUAUGUUGUAAUGAGGUGUGCCUCCAUGCUCCCAACAGAGGGAAUUCCCAGUUUUCCGUCUCUGACCUGUUUUUACCCCUGUGUCGCUCUGUGCUCUCGUCAUAUGGGAUCAUGUAAUGUGUUAACAGCUCACUUGUGUUAUUGUGCAUAAUUACUGUGCAUCAUGCAUGUGGGACACUUACAGAUGUUUGGUUGCUAAAACAAUGUGAAAAAAUUCACUUUUUUUGUUGUUGAUGUGAUAUGCAUUUGCUUUUUGACACAGAUAACAUGUAGGUGUCAUUAUCACCACUACAUCACCUUCACCUGUGCAUGUGUGAACACUCUGUCUAUCUUCUGGAGAAAUCCAAAGGCCCAAAAUGCUUCUGCAUGACAUUUUAUUAUGAAGAACAAAUCUUAUUAUGCAACAUAAGCGCAAGUUCCAAAAAAAGUCAUGAAAUCUCCCUCCAGUGGUAUAUUUGAUUGAUAUAUUUCAGUGCAAGGUUAUCAGAGUUGCACAAGCUAAAUAACCAACAUUUUCUGUAUUCAUAUUGAUGCAUGUCUGAACUUAUAAUGUAGCAUACAUGGCUAAUUAAUAAAGACAUCAUGGCA